AUGCUCCGUCUUACAAACUGCCUGCAAAGGCUCAUGAAUGCUUUGCCGUUCUCGCACAAAGUAGUGCCAGGAAAGGUUGACCCGACCCUGGCUCUGCAAGACUUCAAACUGCUGCAGCAGCAUGCUAAGACGGAACUUCGAUGGCCAGCAGAUCGGAACGGUCACCGUUUUGACGGAGAUGUCAAUCCAUUUUUCUGGAAAAGGCGUGCGGAGUACGAGCUAGUAUUGGCCGAUGCGAAGGAUGCCAAGGAACUGUGGAGCAAACUGCAGUGGGAUGAAGAAAAGCAGCGUGGAGCUGUGAACACGACAGUUCCAGAAGGUGGAGAUGAGUUCAACUGUCAGCAACUUCAAGCUGGAUGGCGACUGUUGGGUCACAACAUGGAGAGCCUUUGUAAAGAAUUGCAGUUCGAUCCGGAUAACAAAGACAAGGCCAACGACUGCAAGUAUGAACCACCUGUGGUCUUGACCUUCGAAGGACCGGAAGUGGAAAAAGUCACGACCUACAAGAUGCUGCUGGAGUUCAUAGAGUACAUCCGCAAACUUGACGCCAAUGAAGAGCGUGCGGCGGCAUCUAAGAAGAUGACAGUAGAAGGCGGUGGUCGUCUUGGAGAUCGGCGAUUGAAGCAGAUUGUCGACGUUUUGCGGAUUGCGGCGGUCACCAACAAUCGCAACUCUGCCAAGGGCAGCUUUGUGAAUAUCCCUGACUUGUACCUGUUGGUAUAUUUUUGCUGGAAGACUCGGGGGGACUGGACCUUGAUUCAGGCUUGGUGGUUGGACCGGAUCAAGAAAGAGCUUCGCUGCCUGGUAGAAGACUUCAAGAAGGACCACAAGCCAGAGGGGAAUUUGUGGUUGCCAGAUGAGAUAUGCAGGCAGCUGCAAGAAGUCUGGGAAAAGGGCGGCCCUCAGAAUCUAGACAAAAGCCAAAAGCUUCAAAAGUUGGAACAAGUCAUGGAGAAGAGAAAUGAGAUCGAACGUCAAAGAUUGAAGGACGAGCAGAGGCGCCGUCAGGAGAGAGAACAGCAAAGGAAGUUUGAAGACAUGAAAGCAGAGAGGGAGCGGCAAAGUGAAAAGGAGAGGAGAGAAGACGCGCUUAAGGAACAGGAAAGAAAAGCAAAAGCGGAGCAAGACACGCUUGACUGGGCGCAAACGCAAGAAAAGCAUGCCAUUGACAAGGCCCACAGAGAGGAGAAGAUGAGGUCGAUUGAGGAGAGGGAAGCGAGAAGGAAGCUUGAUGAAGAUGCCAAGAAGACAGAGUACGCCCAACGUCAAGAAGACCUCAGAAGCCGAGCAGCGCUACAGCUCCAACAAAAGCAAAAAGAAGACGAGAAAGCCGCCCGUUGCGAGGCUGAGGCUAUUGAGCUUGGCGCGGAAGGCAUUCGCUUGAUCAAGAACGCGGAGGAGACUGAAGAAAACGUUGACAAAUUGAGGAAAAUGAUCCUUGGAGAAGACAGCGUUUACGGAGGGAGGAUGAGUGCCAACAAACCAGUAUCCAGCUCUGGGUACACUCCCUUUUUCAUUGCGCUGAGAAGCAGCAAACACAAGUUUGCCAGCGCCAUGAUGUGCGACAUUGAUCCAGGGCACAGGGACAACCACAGACGCAACGCCUUGCACAUUGUUUGCUGCAUGACUUCCGGAAGCUUCGAUGACUCCGCUGGCCCAGCGCUUGCUGUCCAGCUUUUGGAGAAGAAAGUUGAUAUCAAGGAAAGGGAUGGCGAUGGGGCAACACCCUUGCUCUUGGCGGCUGAGACGAACAGAUGGGGCACCUGUUGGGCCCUUUUAGAACACAUUAGGCAACAGUUGCACCGUCAAGCAGAUUCUACUGCCGGCUUGGCAGGUAAGUUGCAGCGGUUGUCCACAGAUGCGAUGCCAUGCGUAAGUGCCAAAGAAGCCUUGCAGCUGGCGUCGGUAAGCAAUCCAGACGAAUGGGAGAGCCUGAUCGGAUCCAUUCCCGCUUUGGAGACCCUGUCCCAAGCAGAGCAGGGUAUAGAUGUGGACAUUCCUGAGACGAGCCUUGACAGCAUCGACAUCAUGAAGCUGCUGCAGUCGGUUCGCGUAGACCUACCAUCGUCUCAACUUCACGAGAUCUGUGAUUUCAUUGGCACUGGCCAGAAAUACGAUGCCCUGGCAUCUCAAAUCCGUGUGAGCGGGCAGAUUUCCAUCAGUGCAGGCAGCCAGCCUAUUCAGGUCAAUGUUGAGGCCAAAGCUGAGAAUUUCUACCUGCAUGUUGGAGAUCACAAGGUGCGGAUGACGGAGGUGAAGACAGAGAUGGAGCAGGGCUUCGAUGUGUACAUUCCUGAGACCAGUGUUGAUGAAGUCUUGGAUAUGAUGGCGCCAGCGUGCACUGACCUAGCAGAGUUUCCUGAGCUCCGUGAUGUCAUUCUUGCCGUGAGCAGUGCGUGCAGGGAGCACAAAGCCUCGCAGUUCCUGAUGUCACAACUCCGCAUGAGCGGGCAGAUUUCCAUCCACGCAGGCAGCCAGCCUGUCCAGGCCAAGGCUCAGAAUUUCUACUUUCAUGUUGGAGAUCACAAGGUAAGGAUGACGGAGGUGAAGACAGAGCUGGAGAAGGGCUUCGAUGUGUACAUUCCUGAGACCAGUGUUGAGGAAGUCUUGGAUGUGAUGACGUCAGCGUGCACUGACCUAGCAGAGUUGCCUGAGCUCCGUGAUGUCAUUCUUGCCGUGAGCAGUGCUUGCAGAAAACACAAAGCCUCGCAGUUCCUGAUGUCUCAACUCCGCAUGAGCGGGCAGAUUUCCAUCCACGCAGGCAGCCAGCCUGUCCAGGCCAAGGCUCAGAAUUUCUACUUUCAUGUUGGAGAUCACAAGGUGAGGAUGACGGAGGUGAAGACAGAGCUGGAGAAGGGCUUCGAUGUGUACAUUCCUGAGACCAGUGUUGAGGAAGUCUUGGAUGUGAUGGCGUCAGCGUGCACUGACCUAGCAGAGUUGCCUGAGCUCCGUGAUGUCAUUCUUGCCGUGAGCAGUGCUUGCAGGAAGCACAAAGCCUCGCAGUUCCUGAUGUCACAACUCCGCAUGAGCGGGCAGAUUUCCAUCCACGCAGGCAGCCAGCCUGUCCAGGCCAAGGCUCAGAAUUUCUACUUUCAUGUUGGAGAUCGCAAGGUGAGGAUGACGGAGGUGAAGACAGAGCUGAAGAAGGGCUUUGACGUGGACAUUCCUAAGACCGGUGUUGAGGCAGCUUUGGCUUUGCUGGCGUCAGCGUGCAAUCAGCUACCAGAGCUGGAGGUCAUCAGUGGCUUCAUUGGGAGAGUGACCAGUGCGUGUCAUAAAACCGCAGCUGCAAGUUUCCUAAUGUCUCAGAUCUGCAUGAGCGGGCAGCUUUCCGUCAAUGCAAGCAAGCAACCUAUUCGGGCCAAACCUGACACGAUCUACCUGCAUGUUGCACGCCGCACAGUGCUGUUGAAAGACGUGAAGGAGGAAUUGAAGAAGGGCUUCGACAUUGACAUUCCUGAGACCUGUGUUGAGGAUUUUUUUUCCUUGCUGGCGUCAGCGUGCAAUCAGCUACCGGAGCUGGAAGUGGUCAGUGGCUUCACUGGGAGAGUGACCAACGUGUGCCGGAAAAACGCAGCCGCAAGUUUCCUAAUGUCUCAGAUCUGCAUGAGUGGGCAGCUUUCCAUCAAUGCAAGCAAGCAACCUAUCCGGGCCAAUGCUGACACGAUCUACCUGCAUGUUGCAAGCGGCAAAGUCGCAAUAGCGGAGGUGCAAGAGAAACUCAACGAGGGCUUUGACGUGGACAUCCCUAAGACCAGUGUUGAGGCAGCGUUGGCUUUGUUGGCGUCGCUGUGCGAUCAGCUACCGGAGCUCAAAGCUGUCAGUGAUUUCAUCAACACGUUGACCAGUGCAUGCCGGAAAAGCACGGCUGCAAGCUUCCUAAUAUCUCAAAUCUGCAUGAGCGGACAGAUUUCUGUCAACGCAAGCAAGCAACCUAUUCGGGCCAAAGCUGAGAAGAUUUACCUCCAUGUUGGAGAGCAGAAGCAAAGCUUGCAAGAAGUUGCAGAGGCCUUGAGAGGCAAUCAGACCUUAGAAUUCCAGAUCCCAAAGAUUAAAGCGGAAGUCUUGAAAGCGAUGGGUGCCUCUGCCAGGGAACUGGAUUUGCAGUCUGCAGUGGAGCAUUUGACGCAUUUGGACAAUGUAGCCAGGAAGCAAGGCCACAACAUUUGGAGGCUUAUUGAAAUCAGCGGGAUGCUUGUUGUGCAUCCCGCACGCCUCAGAGUCAGCUAUGAGGUCUGCUUACAUUUGGGCCCAGCCGUGAUCUCGGUCAAGAAUCUGAAGUCAAGCAUGUCGAUCAAGUUGCCAGAGACGACAAUGGAGGACUUCCUGAGGUCCAUUCAAGGUCUUGCUGUGCUUGGUUUCAAGGCUGUGGAAGGAGUGCUGAUAGACUUUCAGCGCAAUAUUCAGCAGAGGGUGGCUCAACGAGGACAAUCCAUUUGGAAGCUCAUUUGGGUCAGUGGUACCUUGUCCAUUGAUUUCAAUCAAGGCAAGACAAUGUUUGAUGUCACGCUACGAUUGGGGCCUGCCACGAUUGAUCUUGCAGGGUUGAGGACCCCGACUCUCAAAGUGAGCGUCAAAGUGCCGAAGACCAAUGUGGACGAUUUCUUGACAUUGGUAACCGAACAAGGUCUACAACUCUUUGGAUUGAACGACGCAGUGAAGUUGCUGCGCAAUCUUAAAGGGAUGGUCCCCCACGAAGUUUUGACGUUUAUUGGCAUCAGUGGGACAUGGAGCAUUGACUUCAACAUUGGCAAUCUGGACUUUGAGGGUGCAGAGCUGCACUUGGGCCCAGCUGUUGCAGUACUGAGCUCGUUAAAAGCUGGUAUGGCAAUUGAUUUUCCAUUCGGUCCAAUCUCGCUGCCGGAGGCUACGUGUGCUUUGGCAGCUUUUACUCGCAAACUGCUUCCAGUUUGUCCGGUCAAGGAGCUGAAUGACCAACUCAGCAAGCUCAAGCUCAGCCCUUUGGAUAAGCUCUUGGUGGAAGGAGUGUUGUCCAUCGAGCGUUCCAAGUUGUUCUUCAAGAAGUUGGCAAUGGGCCCACUUUGUUUGGAAUACAGCCUUGAGCGCAAGUGCUUUUUCCUUCACUUUGAUCGCCCAGUGUCUGUGGAUGAAGCCAAGAAGUACAUGGACCAAACAAUCUUUAAGCUGUUGCCGCAAAACUCAACCUCAUGUGUGGACGAUGUUUACAAGGCUCUGAAAAGUUCGGGGGGCCUGUUGUCGCAGCAUAUCGCCCUUGGGGAAGAUGUCGUCUUUGAUGUGUGUUUAAUCAUCGAUGAUUAUGAUGGUGUGAGCUUCGACAAGCUCAGCGUUUGUGGGACUGCGCAUCUUGAAAAACUUUCAGUGGACGUCCAGUUUAAAGGACUUUACCGAAGUCGGGCUGAUGGCAAUGAGUGUGUGCUGACAGCCACUUUGGGAGCAUUUUGUUUAGAGGAUGUGCUUCGUGCUGUUGAUUUGCUUCCUGUGGACCAUGCAUUGCGCAAGAUUCUUGGCCAAUUCACGUUUAGAGAUGUGAGCCUGUCUGCCAUGGUUCUGCCGCAACAAAAGCGCUGCAUGACUCUGCAAGCGCAAUUCGAGAAAGGCGAGUUCAAGCUCCAGCUGCUUUGUGUCUUGAAAGAUGACGGUUCCACCCUGGUUUUGAUGAUUCCACAGCAGGAUUCGGCUGAAGACUUUUCGAUGACCAAGUGCUUCGAUGGGUUAGGCAUAGACACCAUCAUGAAAGCGGCUGGCAUCACGAUCUCCCUGAAUUUUUUUUCCUUCUGCCGUGGAUGGCGCAAGGACAGCAAUGUUUUUCCAGUUUCUACCAAAAAGGAAGGGCUUGAUACAGCGAUGCAAUUGAUCAUGAAGAAUGAAAAGAAGAUUCAAGACGUGCUCUGGGACAUGCAGAGAGUGGAUGGAGCAGCUGCCAAGGAGAACGACGCUUCGCUUGCCUUGUCUGCAACCGUGUGCAUUGAAGACAAAGAGUUUUGGAAAGUACUGAAAGUUGCUGGACGAAAGAUUGAUGGAACACUCCUCUACAGCGAUGGAUCUCCGAUUAUUCGUUUUUCUCUUGGGGAGUGCGAGAUCUUGAAGAUGACGGCUGAGGGAGAUGCCUGGAUUGGCAAGGAGGAGGUCGUUUGCAGGCUGCGUGCAGAACUAUUGGAUUUGGACAAUGUACGUCGGGGCACUUUUGAGUGUGCCGUCAAGUACAGAGUUACUGACCAUCAUUUGAAUAUGGCUUUGAAAUUGACGGGCAAAGAAAACAAUAGCAUCAACUUGGGACACUGGGUGCCCUUGCUUGAUUGGGUUGAGCUCUACGGCAUUGCAGCUUCAGUUGAUGGAAGCAUUGAGGACACCCGCGACACGUCUUUCACAUUGCAAGGGGGAAUUCGAUUCGUUUUCGAUGGGAAAAGAGAUGAACCUGAGGGCACCUUCGAGUUUGCCAUAAUGUAUGCACCCGCCGACUUGGAAUUGCAAGCUUUCCGUGGCAUUGGGGUUGUGUAUUUGUACAUGGAUAACAUCAGUUUCCUUCUGUUGCUCCGGGGCUUUUUCAAGCUGGACAAAGAUGUGCUCAAAUCCCUCUCUUGGGUGGUGAAAUGGUUAUUGCCCCUUCGCACUCUUGGGCUACUUGCCAAAAACACAAGCGGAGAACUCACAGAACUUCCCGGAACUGCUUUGAAAGAUGAUAUCGCAGACAGACGCGACAAGAUUUGUUCCCUCUUGAAGCAGAGGGAGGUUCUGCCCGCAUGUGGCAAACGGAUAUAUGCGUUCCAAGCUACAUGGAAACUCCUGUGCUUAGAGGCCUCAAUAUUUGCGUACGUCGAGUUGCCAGCGGAGCCUACCACAAAGGCCAAAGAGUUCACAAAGCAGGUUUGCAAACCUAAGGCCAGCUCCGACACUGAUGUGUAUGCUGAGCUUUUGGCGACAGUUGAGCCCUUUGAGCUCGUGGUUGGAAACCUCAAGGUCUUGAAAGUAUGUUCAGCAAGCGAUCCCAACAAGCCCAUGGAGUUAACCAUCAAGGUCGGUGGUUUGAAUGACUUGUAUUUCAGGCUAGACGCUAGCAUCGCUCUGUUUCCUGAUGCUGGCUUGUUUUCUUCUUACUUCGAGUGCUACAUCGAAUUUCUGAAAGGAGAGAAGAAACAGCCUCGCCUGGUGGUGUAUGUUGAGGUACAGUUCUUUGAGCAGCUCCGCUUCAAAGGCUAUGUGCGACUUACAAUGUCCAAGCUCGGCUCCGCGCUAUCAAAAACCAUAGCAGAUGAACAUGCCAGAGAUUCAUUGAAAGGACAAGCUGCGUCAGCUGUCCAAAAGGCAGCGGACAUGCUUCUAGUGCCAAGGGCUGUGAAAGCAAACCUGCACUUGGAAGGAGACAUCAAUGAGGUAAUGCGGAGCCUAAUGGCGAAAGCAGCGAAAAACAUUCUCAAUGGCAUCAAGGAAGGAUUAGAUGCUGCAAAGAAACAGCUGGACAAGCUGAAGUCCGUCCCAAUCCUGGGCGGCUUGUGUGAACUGUGCCAAUGGCUCAUCAAGGCACUCAACUUUCUCAUUGAUCUGAUGGGAGACGGUGUGAAUUUUCUCAUUAACCUGGCGAAUCAGAUCUUGGGGAAAGGGGUGAAGGUCCACUGGAUCAAUGUGGGAGGUGAGGUUGGUGGCAGUCAGGGGGUGGAAGCUUAUGUGUCCUUCAAGAUCACCGUACUCGGCGUGACCAUCACAACAGGAUUACAUGUGAAUCUGAGAAGCGUAUUGGAAGACCUGGCCAAGUAUUUUUUGUCCCUGUUCACCGGCUUCCACGGUCAUGACAAGGGCGUGGAGCAGCGUUCGCUGGGAUAUGUGGCGGACGACAACGACUCUGACGAGGAGUCUUAUCCAGAUUCAAAGCCCUUCACAGCAGGGAGCAUCGAGGGUGACUCUGAGUACAAACGCGAAGCCCAAUGUCCAGAAGCCAAUCUCAGCGACAAGGACAAGGAGGAGCUUUGGAAGAUGUUGCGCGAGGCCAAACAGGUGGCAGUUGAAGUUGGGGAAAUUUUGGACCAGAAGAAGAACGAUGAUAUGAUCUUAUUGGACAUGCCACCGACGCCAGCAAACUUGGACAAAUACAAGGACCAAUUCUUCAACCCGAUCCUUGAUACCACUGCGCAGUCAAACAACCCGAAGGUCCAAUGCGCGUUGUGCCUCAAAUUCAUCCCACAAGCAGAAUUCGUGGAGCACGUUCAGCAUCAGUGCCCCCAGCGAGAUGCGUUGCAACUGCCUUGUCGCUGGUGUCAAAAGCUGCAUGAGAUGAACGAGCUUUACGAGCAUGAGAAAGAUUGCCCAAAGCGGAAUGAUCCUCCAACUCACCAAUGUGACAACGCUGGCUGCAACGCCGACAACCUAGGUGUAUGCCUCGGAGAUGAUUGCCCCGAAUGUUCUGCAAGUGGCGGAAGUGCGGAGAAGCGUUGGGAUUGUGAGAGGUCCCAUCGCAAGGAGUGCAAAGGCCUUGUGCAAUGUCGUGCAUGUUCUGAGGAAAUGAUGUGCAAGGACUUCCUCGCCGGACACACAUGUCGCAACGAAGAAGGUGUUGAUUUGGAACCAUGCAAAGAGUGUGGCGAGAUGAUUGCCAAAUCAAGCGCUGCGCAGGAAGAACACAAAGCAUGGUGUCAGGCGCAACUAUGUACUGAUUGCGAGGAGAUUGUGCCCAAAUUCAGGAUCGAGCGUCACAAGCAAUCAUUGUGCCCGAAGCGGCGGGUGAAAUGCCCCGGAAGCGCUGAGGAUGGGCCAGAAUUAUGGGCCAAUCUUUCAGUGGCUGAAGAGUGGGAAGUGCGAAUUGAUGGCAGUUGUGGUAAAUCCAUGUGCCGUGAUCGCUUGGAAGAACAUUUCAAGAAGGACUGCACAAGGCUGGCUGUAAAGUGCUUGCGGUGCAACGACACGGUGCGGGGGGGUGGCAGGAAAACAUAUUUGGAACUGUUGGAUCUCCACAAGUCGAAAUGUCGCCAAGCAGCAAAGCCUUGCCCUUUGGGGUGUGGGCUCAAGUUGUGCGAAGGAAAAAUGAACAGGCAUGUGAACAAAGCCUGCCCAAAUUUGAAGAUGAAAUGUAAGUGGCCUGGGUGUUCUCUUACGAUGUCCAGCUACGAGUACAAGGACAACGCUGCGACGCAUUGUGGGGAAUGUGGUGACAAGCUAGACGGCGUUGGAAACAACAUGGCUCACAUUGUUCAAGAUUGCAAGAAAUUUCAGCCGUUGUGUCCGAUGGGGUGCGGCGACAGACAUGUGUUCAGAGAAUUGAAGACGCAUUUGAAAGCUGGUCAGCUGAGCGCUAUGUCUGCGUCGCAAGAUGGCUGCCGAAUGUUUUGGGUUCCUUGCCCAUCAAGGUACGAUCAGAAGUGCAUUCAAGACCCAAGUGUCUCUUGCACACAAGAACAUCGCUGCACUCCGCAGUGUUCUGCAGCUGGUUUCCAUGUGCACCUCGGACAGGAUUUGAUUGCACAUAUAUCGAAAUGUGUCAAGUUGCAGUGUCCGUUUUCAGAUGGCGGCUGCUCUGCUCCUGAUGCCGCUGGUGGCAUCGUCUACAACGAUGCAUCAAAGCACAUGCAGAAGUGUGAGUUCAUCAAGCUUCCAUGCCCCUUUAGAUGUGACACCUGGAUUCCUGUCAAUGAAGAAGGAAAAGCUGAGCAUCACUUGCUGACAGAGUGCAGCAUGUUCAAGGUCGCCUGCCCAAGAGGGUGUGAAGCAAAGGACGUGGCUUUCAAGGAUUUGUUACCACAUUUGGCAACCCAGUGUCCCAAGAAUGUUGUUUCCUGUAUCAAAGGGUGUGGGGCCGAGCUUCUGAAAAUGGACGAAGCAGCGCAUUUGCAGACUAGCUGUCAGAGAUUCUGGGUGGACUGUGCAACUUGGCGCGACAGCAAGUUUGAGGAGAACAUAGAGACUGAACAAAUUCCAGACAACAGCUGCUACAGGGAUGUCCUGAAAUGCGACGAGGUCCAUCAUGUGACAAAGUUUCACAUUUCAAGUUCCGCGGGUCGGUGUCGUCCACACGACUUUUGCCGCAGGGGCUUGACAGAAGGCAAUUACUUGCCGUUACUCACCGCCAAUUCGUUGGGGAGGCUGGGAAGCCUCAAUCCUGAGAUGAACUUGCUGGCCAAGAUGAACUUUGCCGAAGAGCGGUUGGAGCAGAUAAACUUGGAGACAGAGACAGUGCAGUGCCCUCAGGAAUGUGGGGAGGUUAUCGAUGUGGAUGAAGUGGAGCACCAUUUAAAGUGGACCUGUCCCAGAAAUUGUGUUUCAUGUCCUUUCUGUGAAGUUCGAGAAAUUCCUCUCUGUGAAAUCGCCAAGCACAUUUCGACCCAGUGUGAGAAGGCAUUAGUACAUUGUAGGCAAUGUGGAAAAAGAGAUUUGAGGAGAAUGGAUGAAUGCAAACAUAUAAGCCUUGAUUGCAACCGUGAAAAGGCGUCACAGUGCUAUUUGUGCUUCGAGUCUGUGGAGUACAACGGGAUUGAAGAGCAUCUUAAGUCCAGCUGCACUGAGGCAGCAAGAAGAGUAACAUGCAAAGAGGUGGGCACUUUUUUCCGAACUCCAGGUGAAGGCUGUGAGGAACAGAUGCCAAAGCGGGAUCUACUUCAACAUUGGAUGCGGGAUUGUGAGAGCUGUCUUGUCAGCUGUCCGUUAUGCUCGCAAGAAUCGGAAGAAGGCUCUCGAAUUCGCGGAUCAGACUAUCUCAUUCACUUCUUGUCUUGCACCAAGUUCAAGGUCAAAUGCCCCUAUUGCGCAGAACCAGUUCUUCUCAAGGAAAGUAAAACUUGGACGGAUGCGCUUCUACAGCAUUGCUUUGUGGAUUGCAAGCGGUUUCAUCUUCCUUGUGGAUGGUGUGCUGAGAACGUCAUGUGGCAAGAGACGGCUGAUCAUCUCUGCGGGAAAUGCCAGGAGUUCAUGGCACCAUGCCCAAUGAAAUGCCGCGAAGAUGGCAAGGACAUUGAGGUUGAUGCUGACGACAUGGAGAAGGUGAAGUGGGUGCGCUGGUAAGGGUCUUUGUUGGAAGGGAAGCACAGUUUAGAAGAUUCGGUUAUUCGUACGAUUUGUCGCUUCGCAUUUGCAAGGAAAGACUUGCCCUUGCACCUCUUUGGGCCGGAGGGUCCGUCCCAGAUUGUUGGGAAGUGUCCGAAAUACCGAGUCAGAUGUCCAUACGAGGCACAAGCACCUGAAGAACCGCCGAAGUGCACCUUUUCGACAUGCAAAGAAAUGCACGAUUCCAGCAUCGUGGAUGGCCGAAUGCCAAGAUUCCGCUUGCCUCAUCAUUUGGAGCAUGAAUGCGCCGGCAAUGUGAGGAUUUGUAGGAACAAGAACUGGGCCGAAAAGGAAUGUGAGGCAAAAGUGCUGGCCAAAGAUUGGGAGUUUCAUCAAACUGGCUCCCGUGCAGCUGCGGCACAGCCGAUCCAGUCUGAUGACUCUGAUGUGAAACCGUGUCCUCACAGGCUUGAACAGUGCGACAAAUGUAAAGGAAUGGUACCCAAGAGCGAUUUGGAAGACCACAAGAAGACCGCAUGCACCAAAAACAAGGUACGUUGCGAAAACCUGGGAUGCAAAGAGGAAGUGGUUCAGGCAGGACUUGCAUACCAUAAAAAGAAUUGCCUGUAUAGAAAAGUGAAGGCACAUCAAGGGAUUGGCUCCAAGCAUGGGAGCACCAAAAGCGUCAACCACAGACCAGGAGUAAAGCAACAUCCAGGAUAUUAUGAUUUCACGUGGGAGGGUAGCGCGCAAUUUGGGCCCUUCGGCGGCAAGAGGAACAGGUACCACCAGAACAGAUGCACUUCCUGCGACAAAGAUGUGGGCAAGCCUGCCAACUUGUUCAAGGAGCCAGGAUGCAAACAGGUCUGCUCAUUUUGCUCGAAAAUGCAAGGGUCCGAAUCAGAAUCCACGUUUCUCGCGACCGAGUGCUUCGAAGCAUGCAAGCGCUGUCACCUCGAUAUCAAAAAGGUGAUAUUCUGCACGAAGCCGGUGUGCGAGGGUUGCGGAGAACCAGCUCAACCAGGGACAGGUUGUGAACCGAUGCAGUUCUCGGACAUGUCGGCUGAGGCCAAGGGGCUUGGACUCUUUGAAGAGUGUGAUCAAGGGUGAGAAUGACCCCUCCAAAGUUGAGGUCUCACCAGUGACGCAGACUAGCUUAGGGGAAAGAACUUGAAGAAACCUGCCUACGUUUGAGCCUUGAAAGACGCUGGGCGUUGCUCAAGUCGAUUGAUUAUGAUUGAUUGUUUAGACCUGCACCUGGUGCAAAAAGAAAACACCAACCAGAAGCCUUUGUGGAAAAGUGUUCUGCUGAAGGCAUGAUGCUGUUUAGGAAGUCUAAGUUAUUUUGACAUGUUCAUGAGUGGCAUAUGGCCAG